AGAUAAAAUAAGUGAAUUAAAUUCCUUUAAUCAUACAUUGAAGCAAGAAAGAGAUGAUUUAAAUUCAAAGAAACAUGAAUUGGAAGCUGAGGUGGGGUGUAAGGAUUCUAAAAUCAUCUCUCUUGAAACUAAAGUAAACAAACUAGAGAAAGUAGCAGAAAAAUUAGAACAACAAAUAUCCCAAUUAUCUCACGAAUUAAACAUAAUAGAUAGAGCUAAAGAGGAUCCAGACUCAGCUAAGUCUCUUCUUCAAGAAACUAAUACCCAUUUAGCAGAGCAGGUUUCGAAAGUAUCCAAUAGAAGUAUAUGGGUUAUCCAAAAAGCUUAUCAAGAUAUUGUGCCAAUCAAGUCUAUGAAAAUUAAAAGCUUUACACCUAGUUUAAUUAAUGAGCCACAUUCAUUAACUCCUCCGCCAUUACUACCAAAGCCUUUUGUAUUAAUAGGUGAUCUCUCAAAAUACUUUUGUAAACAUAGUAUAAGUGUACUCGAGAUUAAAAAUCUUUAG